UGAUAACCCAAAAAUCAAAAUAAUAACAAUGCAAAAAAAAGUCUAGUUGAAAAAAAUGAAAAUAGUUUGAAUGAAAUUUGAAACAAUAUAGAAAAAGGGUUGAAAAGUGGGUAAUUCUAUGGUAUUGAAAGUUUUUAAGGAAGAACGGACUUUGGUCCUCUAAUCGUGUGACCCAGUUACAUUAUAGUGAACCCAGACAGAAUACAUUGAGACCAAACAUGACUUCUAUGUUCGAUCAGUUUGAGCAGGCUUCCCUCAAAGCAAAGAGUAAUAUCUCCACUGCCGAGAUGUGCACUUCCCUGUUUAUAAACAUGUCAUUGGAACAAGAGGUGCCUAUAUUCACCAAGAGCAAAAAGGACUUUACACCAUCAGAUAGAAUAACUCACGUAGUGAUAGCAAAUAAAAAUCUGGUCAUUGCCAUGGCAAAUGGUGUUCUGUUCAGAAUGAAUUUGAAUAAUCCACAGCAGUAUACUGAAAUUUCAUUAACAAAGUACACAACCACUAAUAAAUUAUCCAACUUGUAUCUAGACCCCACUGGAAGUCAUUUACUGUUAACUUUUGCACAGAAAACCCCUGAAGGAGGGCCAGAACUGCUCUACUUAUCCAAAAAGUCUGACAAACUGAGAUCCACCACCAAGUUUCGUGGCAUUGAAUUCACUGAAGUAGCAUGGAAUAACUUGAAUGAGUCUGAGAACACUACUGGACCAAUAUUAUUAGGUACAUCAAAAGGUUUAAUCUUUGAGACAGAAAUUGUUCUUGAAGGGGAGAAAUUUUUUACUUCAAGCUUCUCCUCAGGCUUGGAACAGUAUUGGAGACAAGUGUUUGAUAUUGGAAAAGGAACAAACACACCAAUAACAGGACUAGAAUACUACAGAAUUCCUGGAUCAUUUAGAUAUGUCAUAUUUGCCACAACUCCAUCAAGGUUCUAUUAUUUCUCUGGGAAAGCCAAUUUGGAAGAGAAACCAGUACUCCAGCAGAUAUUUAGUAAAUACCUGAACAUUCCAGAGCCCAAGACUUACUUUGAAUGUGAGGGCAACUUGAGAAAUUCAAAACUUCAAUUUUGGUCUGAAAAUUUAACUGUUCCUAAUACUUUUGCUUGGACCACUGAAAAGGGAAUCUGCUUUGGACAAAUUGAUUUGCACUCUGAUGAUAUUGAGACCAUUAAAUCAAAAAAGAAACUGGUACUGUAUCCAAAACCAGUGUAUGAAGACUAUUCAGUUUCUCAAAAAUAUCCUGUUACAAUUGCUCUGACACAAUUUCACAUACUCCUAGCUUACACAGAUUCCAUUAAGGGAGUUUGCUUAUUGAACCAGGAGGUCAUAUAUGAGGACAACUACAAUGAAGCUUUUGGGAAACUUGUAAACACAGUCAAAGAUAUCAGAACAGGAGACAUAUGGGCAGUUACUGAGAAUGCAGUUUUCCGCUUCAAAGUGACAAGAGAAGAACGAAAUGUCUGGCAGAUCUUUUGCAACAAUGGGGAUUUUGAAUUAGCCAAAAAAUAUUCCCGAAGCAAUGAGGCCUGUUAUAACCAUGUUCUCAUCAAAGAGGCCGAUUUGCUUUUCAAUCAAAAAGAGUAUGAACUGAGUGCUCAAAGAUAUGCGGAAACCCAGUCGAGUUUCGAGGAAAUAUGCCUGAAAUUCAUCGAGGCCGAUCAGCCAGGCGCCUUGAAAUUAUUCCUACGUAGCAAACUAGACACUUUGAAGCCCCAAGACAAGUCUCAGAUAACGAUGAUAGUAAUUUGGGUGGUGGAACUGUAUCUGUCCAAGUUGGAAGAGAAGCGCCUGGCAGGCCUAGAGCAGACAGCCGCCUACAGCGAGAUCCAGAAGGAGUUUGAAACUUUCCUGGCUCUGGAAGAGGUCUCGGAUUGCGUCAGGAACAACAAGAGAACGAUUUACGACCUUAUGGCCAGUCACGGGGACAAGCAUAAUCUCAUGAAGCUCACCAUAGUCAACAAAGAUUUUGAACAGUUGAUAAGGCAACACAUAUUCAAGAACAGUUUCCUCGAUGCUCUGGAAGUUCUGAAAAGUCAGACCAGCUAUGAGUUGUAUUAUCAGUUUGCGCCGAUACUGAUUCAGGAGGUGCCCAAAUAUAUGAUCAAAGUCAUUAUUGAGCAAGGCAAGAAGUUGGCGCCCCUCAAAUUGCUCCCAGCAUUGGUUUCGUGCAAUGGAGAUCUGCAUGCCUUGGAAGUUAUGAAGUACUUGGAAUUCUGCAUUGACAAAUUGAAAAACACUGAUAAAGCCAUCCAUAAUUUUUUAUUAUCACUUUAUGCAAAAUAUGAUUCACAGAAACUGAUGGAAUAUUUGAACUCGCAGGGACAAGAAAUCAGCAUGGUCAACUAUGACGUUCAUUUUGCCCUUCGGUUGUGCCACGAAAGCAAUCAGAAACGGGCCUGCGUGCAAAUCUUUGGUUUGCUAGGAUUGUGGGAGAGCGCCGUCGAUUUGGCUCUCACCUACGAACUGGACUUGGCCAAAAAAAUGGCCAACAUGUCUCCCGAAAACGAUACGGAGCUCAGGAAAAAACUCUGGCUCAAAAUAGACAUUUUAUUAAACAAAUUUUUUGUAGCUCAGCAUGUAGUGAAAGACAAAGAUAAUAUCAAAGAUGUCAUGGAGUUUUUGAAACAGUGCGAUUUGAUCAGAAUCGAGGAUAUUUUGCCCUUCUUCCCAGAUUUCUUGACGAUAGACCACUUCAAAGAAGCCAUUUGUAAUUCCUUGAAGGAGUACAAUCAGUAUAUCCAGAAUAUCAAAGAUGAAAUGGAAGAGGCGACCAAUUCUGCGGAGCAAGUUCGCGAUGAGAUUCAAACGUUCAGAAAUCAUUAUACAUUGAUUAACAGCACUGACACCUGCGAAAUUUGCACGGGUAUAUUGCUGAUCAAGCCGUUCUACAUGUUUUCCUGUCACCACAAGUUCCAUAGCGAUUGUCUAACCUCGGAACUAUCACAAUUUCUAGGUCCUGCAAAAAAGAAUAGAUUGGCGGAUUUGGAAAGGCAGUUGAAGAUUCUGAACAAUCAGACGAAUAUUGACAGCGUCAGCACCGGUUCUGCAGGAAUGUCUGCUAGAGACAUGGUCAAAUCGGAAAUUGAUAACAUUCUGGCAUCAGAAUGUCUCUAUUGUGGAGAAAAUAUGAUACGAAACAUCGACAAACCUUUCAUAGAAGAUUAUGAGCACGAUCAAAUUAUCAAAGAAUGGGAAUGAUAGUCUCAUUAUGUUCUGUUUUUAUUAUUAUACCAAAACCAAGCGAAAAUAAACGAUUAUUUAUUCAAUAGACUGUUAGUCAUGGC